UCUACAUGCACCUACUAUGGUAUACUAAGGUAGAGAUAAUCAUACGUCUCAUAUGGAGAGGAUGUGACCGCUCACACUGCAGAAGUAACUAACCGUAUACAAGGUACACAGCAGCAGCAACCACAACAGCAGUGGAUGUCUGAUUAAUGAUGGGGAGGGCAGACCACGCCCCUGGACGCUCCGCGGUCUCCAUGUCUGCAGUGAAGAAACUAGUAGGUCUAUCGAGAUACCUCAACAAGUGCACUCUUGCACCUUCUCUGUAGAUAAGAUGCUGAUUGGUUUAAAAAAAGAAGCAGAACCAACUUGGAGAGAGUUUUGAGGCACAACAAUGGCCUCUUGUGAAGGUGCCGGCUGUGACGACAGAGCCACCAUGGGUCGCAAAGAAAUAACCUGCAGUUGGAAGAAAGUCACCAACAAUAUCAGAGAUGUGUUCGAAUUCAAAAAAGCGCUGGGAUCUCUUCUCAGGGUUCAUCCAGGGUUGACUGUGCAAGAUCGGACAGAGACAAGCAGACACAAUGGACGAUGGAAGGGUUCGUUCUCCGAGGUGUAUCUGGUGAGAGAAAAGAAGACUGGAAACCUCUAUGCCCUGAAGUGUCUGAAGAAAAAACACCUCAGCUGUAGCAAGCUAGAGAACGAGAUCACUGUGCUGAAGAAGAUAAGGCACGACAAUGUGGUUGGAUUGGAAGACUUCUAUGAAACUCGGACACACUACUACCUUGUCAUGCAGCUGGUGUCUGGUGGGGAACUGUUUGACCGUAUCAUAGAUCGGGGGGUGUACACAGAGAAGGAUGCCAGCUGUCUGGUUCACCAAGUGCUGGAGGCUGUCAACUACCUUCACGAGAACAGCAUAGUGCACAGGGACCUCAAGCCAGAGAACCUACUAUACUUCAACUCAGAUGAGAACUCCAAGAUCAUGAUCAGUGACUUCGGCCUGUCCAAGAUGUCCGACCACGGAGUGAUGUCCACGGCCUGCGGCACGCCAGGAUAUGUUGCCCCUGAAGUUCUGGCUCAGAAACCCUACAGCAAGGCAGUGGACUGCUGGUCCAUAGGGGUCAUCACAUACAUCCUGCUGUGCGGCUACCCUCCGUUCUUUGAGGACAACGAGACACGUCUGUUCUCUAAGAUCAUGAGGGCCGACUAUGCUUUCCACUCGCCCUUCUGGGAUAACAUCUCAGAGUCAGCGAAGGACUUCAUCCGGAACAUGAUGCAGAAGCACCCUAAGAAACGCUUCAGCACAGAACAGGCCCUCAGACACCCCUGGAUCAUUGGGAAGACAGCGAGGGAUCAGGACAUCUAUGAAUCAGUCAGCAUGCAGAUCCAGAAGAACUUUGCCAAGUCCAAAUGGAGGCAAGCCUUCAACGCCACGGCAGCCAUCAACCACAUGAAGAAGCUGCAGUUGGCCCACGCCGACCCUGAUGCCCCUCUCCCACCUAUCCCCUGCAACUCCCAGAAUACUCAGCAGGGCGUCAACAACAUCACCGCCAAGGACACCAACGGCAACCCCCCAAUCCCAGUGACCCCUCCGGAGGUGCAGUGCCGGGGCCUGAGAGCCAGUCACAGCGAGCCCAGGCACACGCCGGUCGUUAUGGAGACAUGUAACGCAGAGAAUUGCUCCUCAUUCGAGGCAGCUAAGAGCUGUGAUGCCAUUGACAGGGCGACCAAUAGGAAUGGGCACACCAUGCAGACUGGGGUGUGUUCUGUUAUGUGAUUGAUUGACCUAAGGAUCAAUUCCUUGGCUUAAAGUGUUGCAGUCAAGAAGUUUGAGCCACUCUACAGGUGUCAGCUGCCUCCUGCUGGUUCAGGAGUAGUACUCUGAAGUGCUCCUCUGAGAUGCCCAGAGGCCCGUAGCAAGGGCCAGGGCCCGAACCUUAUCCAGAGAACACAGGAAGACCUGAGAUUCCUACCCAACUACAACGUAGUACAUUUACACUCGCACAAAUGUAAACUUUUAAUUUCUUUGACCCAGGCCACUGUCGAUGUUUAGAAGAGUGUACAUUCUGUACUUAUAUCUCAACAGAAAUGGUACAUUUGAAGUAUACAAAGACGUACUGUAUUUGCAAUGUAUAAUUAAUGACCUGUGAAUGUUUAUUGACCUAUGGAAAACCAUGUCAUUUCUUUGACUAUUUGUUUCUGAUAUGAUCGCUGUGACGGCUAGAUUGUAACUCAUUCAUUGGCUUUGGCUACUUUGUGUUGCUGUCUGAACUAAAUUAAACUGUUCUUCAUUCACUCACAUCUGUUCCUACUAAUGGACCUGGAGAAACCAGAGUCCUGUGGAUCUGAAGAAAAUGUAUGGAUAAAAACCUGGUCAAAUAAUGAUUUCCCUGUAGAGUUUAUGAAAUCUGCAUGACAUUUAUUCAAGGGGGAAGUGCUUUGCGACGUCAUCGAUGUCAAGCGUUUAAUCGACGCCGUGUGCUUUUGUAUUGUGUGAAUUAUUUGUUUCUUUGAUCAUCCUAAAUGUAAGGAUUUUGACUUAUGAAUCUUGCCCACAGGUUUGAAUGACGUUGACCCAUUGUUUGAACCCUAACGCUCAUGUCAUAACAAUGACUUUGGGGUUGAGGAGGGUUGACAUUAUUCCCUGUCAGAGAAGAUGGUUACUACUCUACUUAAAGUGGUCCUGUUUAAUAAUAACGUCACUUUACAUACAGAGAUGAUCACAUGUGCCACUUUUAUGCCAUAAACUGCUGUAGAGUUCCUCUUGUAGUGUCGAUGCCAUUGUAACUGUUUGACCACAAGCACUAUACUUUGCUUCUUUGUUUUGUUUCUAAAUAAAAACUUCAAUGUAAAUCGUC